AAAUAGUAGCCGGUAUAACGACCGGUUCGAACCGGUAUUUAAAACAUUGAUUUCCCUCUCUAACCCUCACACUUCACAAUCAAUAACAAUCAAUGGAUGGGUUUCUUCAAAACAAUGACAGAACCACAAACCCAACAAAAGCAGCUAGCUUUAUCACUCUUAAAAACCCCUCAAUCAAUCAAAUGCCCCAAACAUCUCCGAUCAAUCCACGUCAUCCUCCUCCGAACAGCCCUUCACCGGAGCAGUUACGCCGUCGGAAACUUCAUCACCAGUUGUGCCAAUUUGGGCCUCAUGAACUAUGCACACCAAAUGUUCGACCAAAUGCCUGAACCAAAUUCAUUUGUCUGGAACACCCUGAUUAGAGGAUUCCAACAAAACCAUGAACCCAGAAAGGUAAUGGAUUUUUAUGAUCGUAUGUGGAGUGAACGCGUUGGCCCGGAUUGUUUUACGUACCCGUUUGUGAUUCGGGCUUGUACCGAGUUGUCUGAGCAUGUUAGAGGGAAAUGUGUUCAUGGGUUGUUGUUUAAAGUCGGGCUCGAGUUGGAUAUGUUCAUCGGUACGAGUUUGAUUGAGUUCUACGGUGGUUUUGGUGAUGCGAAUGCUGCGCGCCGUGUGUUUGAUGAAUUGCCGGUGAAAGAUAAGGUUGCUUGGACUGUUUUGUUGUCUUCGUGUGUCGAUAAAUGCAGUGACUUGGAGGCUGCGCGUAAAGUGUUUGAUGAAAUGCCUGGUAAAGAUCUUGUGGUUUGGAAUAUUAUGAUAUUUCAGUAUGUUAAAGCCGGUGAUGUUCAAAAUGCGUACGAGCUUUUCACGUUAGCUCCUGUUAAGGAUUUGUUGAUGUACAAUACGGUUUUAGGUGGAUAUGCUAGACAUGGUGAAGUAGACAUGAUGAUUAACUUUUUUCAUGAUAUGCCCGCGAAAGAUUUGGUAUCUUGGAACACUGUCAUCGGUGGGCUAGUUCGGGACAACCGAAUCAAAGAAGCUAUGAACUGUUUCCAACAAAUGUUGAGUGAAAACAUAAGCCCGAAUGAGAUAACGUUGGUAAGUCUUUUGUCUGCGUGUGCUCAAGUUGGUGCUUUAGAUACAGGGAGAUGGUUGCAUUCGUAUAUUGAUAGGAACAAUCGUGGGUUAAACGUUGUGGUUGCGACGGGUUUGGUGGAUAUGUAUUCGAAAUGUGGAGACUUGGAAAGUGCUGAUUAUGUGUUUAAUAAGUUGCAAAACCCUGAUGUUGUUGCUUGGAAUGCUAUGAUUAUGGGAUUCUCGAUGAACGGUCAAAGUAAGAAGACUUUAAAGUUGUUCACGCGUAUGAAAUCGGGAUCCGUCAUGCCAAAUGAAGUCACCAUUCUUGGUGUUCUAUGUGCAUGUGUUCAUGCGGGAUUUGUGAACGAGGGUCGGGAACUGUUUAAUAGUAUGGUUAAAGAUCUUGGUUUGGCACCUAAAGUCGAGCAUUACGGCUGUAUGGUUGAUCUUCUCGGGCGGGCGGGUUUACUUGACGAAGCGUAUGAGUUAAUUCAAAGUAUGCCGAUGGAGCCACACACAGGGGUCUGGGGUGCACUUCUCGGUGCAUGCAAGCUUCACAAGAACGUCGAGUUAGCCGAAACAGCUAUCGAACACUUGAAUGAGCUUGAGCAUGAAGAUGGGGGUUAUCUUACUAUGAUGUCCAACAUAUAUGCAAAUGCAGGAAGGUGGGAUGACGUGGCGAGAACACGACAAUUGAUGAGAACAAAAGGGGUUGAUAAGUUGCGUGGGUGUAGUUCGAUCGAGGUUAAUGGCGAGAUCCAUGAGUUUGGAGCCGAGGACAAGGUUCAUCCAAGAUUGAAGGAGAUUCAUGAGAUGAUCGAUGAGAUUUUGAGUCGUUUAAGGUUAGCGGGACAUGUUGCAAGCCGAAACGAGGUGUUUUUUGACGUUGAAGAUGAAGAGAAAGAUAAGGCGUUGUUGUAUCAUAGCGAGAAGAUGGCGGUUGCUUUUGGUCUUAUCGCUACUACUAAAGGAACCGUUAUACGAGUAGUGAAGAAUCUAAGGAUUUGUGGCGAUUGUCAUGCUGUGAUGAAGCUAGUUUCCGAGACUUUUGAAAGGGAAAUUGUGAUUAGAGACAGGAGCCGGUUUCAUCAUUUCAAGAACGGUCGUUGUUCGUGUGGAGAUUACUGGUGAAUUUUAGCACCAAAACCGGAUACAUAACCGACCCGGUUGAGUGAUUUUGAACCGUCUGGUUACUGAUUGAACUGGACCGGUUGUGAUUCUACCGGAUUUCAUAAUCUUCAUAUUUUACUAAUUGUACAUCUAAAUCAAGACGUAAAACAGUUUCAUAUUUGGUGUAUGGCUUGAAUUUUCAAAUUAUUUAUGAAAUCAUCCGGUUUUUU